ACAAACUUCAGGGGCUAAUCGGAAAGCCAAAGGACGGAAGCACACACUUGAAUCGCAGCGCCAAAGAUUUUGCAACAGCAAACAACAUUUUCCUUCUCUCAGAUAAAUGCGUAGCCACUGACGAAAAUCAGCAAAAUCCUCAUCACCCAUCACAUCCUCGUGUUAGAGAAGAAGCAUGAGAAGUCGCAAUAUCAAACCCUAGAGCAAGUGUCCGAUUUUUUCUAUGUGGCGGAAAUGGAGCUCGAAUUCAACAGAAUCCAUUUACCGGAAGGAGUGGCUCCAUUCACACAUAUUACUCGAAAUGAACGCUCAGGCCGGAAGCAGCAGAUAAAGAAAAAAGAUGAGGAUAUUGCUGUGUGUGAAUGCAAAUUGGAUCCUGGUAAGACUGAGCUUGCAUGUGGAGAGAGGUGUUUGAAUGUAUUAACCAACACAGAAUGCACCCCUGGAUAUUGCCCUUGUGGCACCUAUUGCAACAACCAGAGGUUUCAAAAAUGUGAAUAUGCAAAGACAAAGUUAUUCAAGACGGAGGGCCGUGGAUGGGGUCUUUUAGCUGAUGAAAAUAUCAAGGCUGGACAGUUCAUUAUUGAAUAUUGUGGAGAAGUAAUAUCUUCAGAAGAAGCAAAGGCCAGAUCUCAAACUUAUGAAGCUCAAGGAUUAAGGGAUGCAUAUAUAAUUUCUCUUAAUGGCAGUUACUUUAUUGAUGCCACAAGGAAAGGAAGCCUUGGUAGAUUUAUAAACCAUUCCUGCCAACCGAAUUGUGAGACUAGAAAGUGGACGGUUUCAGGGGAAACUCGGGUUGGGAUUUUUGCAAAACAGGACAUUUGUGUUGGAACUGAACUUGCAUAUGACUAUAAUUUUGAAUGGUAUGGUGGCGUUAACGUGCGUUGUCUGUGUGGGGCCCCUAACUGUUCUAUUUUUCUUGGUGCAAAGUCUCAGGGUUUCCAGGAGCAUAAUCAUGUCUGGGAAGAUGGUGAUGACAGAUAUACAGUUGAUGAAUUCCCUCUGUAUGAUUCUGCUGAAGAUGAAGCACCUUCAGAAAAGGUGAACAAGAUUACUACAGAAGAACCCCUUUCAGUAGUAACAGUGAGAAGAAGCGAGGUUAACAACAACAACAACAAUGGUUUUGGAUAUAAACACAAGACCAAUUUUUCAGGUGGUAACAUUAAGCGUGGUGGUGGUGGUAUGGUGGUUUCUGGGGAUUUUAACAACGGGCCUGCAAAGCGGGCAGGUAAACGCAGCCCGAACCGAAAGCAAAAGGCUUCGGGCAGGAAACCGGUGAAUGGGAAACGUGUUGCACAGCUCUUUGCUUCAAAAAAAGUACAAGACCAACUCAUAAAAUGCGAGGAGAUAAGAAGUGAAGCGAGUGUGAUGCUUGAUUCUGUGUACGAUGAAAUACGGCCUGCAAUUGAAGAAAGGGAAAGGGAGAGCCUGGACAGUUUGCCCACAAAUGUAGCAGAAAAGUGGAUAGAGGCUUCCUGCUCUAAAUUAAAUGCAGAUUUCAACUUGUACUUCACAGUCGUCAAAAAUGUCGUCUGCCCUCCUCCUCCUCCUCCUCCUCCUCCUCCUCCUCCUCCUUCUGAUCCUCAAACUUAACCUCCCUCAUCAUCCACAACAACAUAUUGCAUAUGCAUGUUUGGGUCUGGAAUUUCAUGAUGUAAUUUUAUUCUUCAAAAAGUUUGUGAAUGGUAGGACCCUACUUUUUUCAUACAAAUUUUUUGCAUAGUCAGCAAGCUAAGGUGGGUUGUUGGUUCAAUUUCAGAUUUCAUGAAUUCGUUGUUAUAAAACUCAAAUCAGAAAAAAAAGGUGUUGUUCAACUUCA